UUUUUGUGGAUUUAUCUAAUCUUUUUCCGUCCAAGGGCAGAUAGUCAUUGAAGCUCACUGUCCUCGAAGAAACGGCGAUAACAUAACAACUCCCAUUGCUGUUGUUGUUCUUUGACCGAGCCCACCCCUUUUUUUUUUCGGGUUUGUCCCACGGUGGCAGUAUCUUCUGAUUUUGGGUCCUCUAGUCGCUGCAUCACCGGCUAGGCUAAAGCAAAGCAAAGCAAAGCAAAGCAAAUAACACAAGCAAGCAAGCCAGCCAGCCCCACAACACGACAAAAAUCACAGAAAGUGAAGCAGCAUGCCUCUCUUCGCGUUUGGGUCGAAUGGCUCCGGCCAAUUGGGCCUCGGGCAUGAGGAGGAUGUCUCCGUGCCGACGAGAUGUGUUUUCGAGUCUGCGUCUGCGGAGGAUGCUGCGCAGGGAGAUGAGGGUGGGCUGAAAGGAAGCGACGUGGCUCGCAUCGUGGCCGGCGGCAAUCAUACUUUGGUUUUGGAUCGGAGGGGCGGGGUUUUUGCGGCGGGGUGGAAUGAGGAUGGGCGGUGUGGGAUGUCCAAGAGGGAACAAGGGGAGGAGGGGGAGGGGGAGGGGGAGAUGGUGAAGCGGUUUAGGAGGGUGCGUGCUGUUGUUCCAGUUGUUGAUUUGGGGGGUGGCGAUGGCGGUGGUGGUGGUCAGGUCUAUGAUACGUUCACAGGGGUGGCUGCUACGUGGGAGGGGACGGUUUUGGUCGCUUCUGUGGAGGAAAAGGGACAGGAGAGCAGGGAUCGAGUGUUUGUAUUGGGGUCGGGAUUGAAAGGGGAACUCGGGUUGGGGAAGGGGUGUCUCCGCGCGAGCGCGGGCGGCGUCGCAAUCCCGGAUUUCCCGCCGCAGGGAAUGAGGGUGCGGGCGGUUGCGAGUGGCAUGGGCCAUACGGUGGUGGUGCUUUGCGAUGGGAGCGUGUGGGGUUGGGGCGCGGCGAGGAAGGGCCAGUUGGGGGAGGCGAAUAUCCCGGACAAGGUGGUCUGGAGUCCUCGGAGGAUUGAGGGGUCGGAGGGGCUGGGGUUCCGGGCGACGGGGGCGGCGUGUGGGCGGGAGUUUACGGUGAUCAUGGGCGAUCCUGCCAGGGGGGAGUUCACCGUGCUGGGCGCGGUGGAUGAUAAGUGGGGGAUUCGCUCGGGGGUGUCUGUGUCGCAGGUGAAGGAGAAGGCACUACGCGCGGGAGGCUAUCAGGCCAUCGAGGUCAGUUGGCAUGGUGUCUAUGUACAUCUGAACAAUAGGGAGGUGGUGGCCUGGGGUAGAAAUGAUCGCGGACAGAUUCCGUCGACCAGUACCGGGGACUUGGGGCACGGCAGGGUGGUGAGGGAUCUGGCGGCGGGGAGCGAGCAUCUUCUUGCUCGGUUGGAUGAGCGCACGGUUGUGGCCUGUGGUUGGGGCGAACAUGGGAACUGUGGUCCCGAUACCGAUGCGCAGGGCAAUGUCAAGGUGGAGUGGAACCGGAUUCCCCUGUCAGAUGGCGAGUCCGAAAUUGUGGGCGUUGGCGCCGGUUGCGCGACAAGCUGGAUCAUCACUGCCUAGUGUUGACUCCGGCGCGGUUGUGGGAACCAUCGAGUCAAUGACAUUUGGCGUGUCUGUCUUGACCGGCGCAUACCGGGCGGCGAUGUUUGAUUGCCUAAUCGAACAGACCAAGGCCAUGGAGCUGACGGUGUUAGCUCCCUCGUCAAUUU